CGACGGCGGUGGAUUUAUCAUCCGGCAGCAUCGAAGACGACGUCGAUGAUGUCGAAACAUCAAAAUCAAGGCUGAUGGAGAUCCGGCGGCUCUGCCGUCGCUUUUUGAUCCUGCCUCUUCUCCUGCCUUUAGAUCCUUCACUUUUUGCACAACCCAAAAGCAAAGUUCAAAUCUUUAUCCCUCCCUUUCCCUUACUGUGUCAUGAAUGUUGAGGAUGAAAAGCUUCAUGUUUCAGCAGCAGCAGCAACAAGAUCAAGAAAACAUGUCCAACCUCACAACUUCAGCUUCAGGAGAAGCAAGUGUCUCCUCCGGAGGAAGAGUGGAUCAAAACAAUUACCACCCACCUCCAGAAAUCCCACCAUCCAAUCAGCCACCUCCCAAGAAGAAGAGAAACAUGCCAGGCAACCCAGACCCAGAUUCCGAAGUGAUAUCUCUGUCCCCCAAGAUCACCUUGAUGGCAACGAACCGGUUCCUAUGCGAGAUCUGCAACAAAGGGUUUUAGAGGGACCAGAAUUUGCAGCUCCACAGGCGAGGCCAAGUUCCCGGUGAGGAGUAUGGAUCUCAAAGAUAUAAAGCGACGGCAGAGCCGCCGAAGCUCCAUCAGCCUUGAUUUUGAUGUUUCGACAUCAUCGACGUCGUCUUGGAUGCUGCCGGAUGAUAUAUCCACUGCUGUCGGUGCUAAAUCUGGAAAGGGUUUGUGGUGUUUGAUCAGGGUUUUGGCCGGCGCCUGUCCUUGAAGUUCUGCCAAUCGGAAUCGGCAGCGGCAGUGGUGGAGGUGGCGGGGCGCAGCCGAUGAAGAAGAGCAGGGAAGCAAGUCUCAUUAUCUAAAAUAAAGAAAUUAGAUUUUUUAUUUUUUAUUUUUUAAUGAAUGUAAUAAUGAGGU